AUGUAUCCGUAACCCAUAGCUAGUGCCCCAGUGUAAUCUGUGGUCUUAGGAACCAGCGGUAUUCAAAGACCACCUUUCCAACCUUAUUAAUCACCAAUUAAGGUUCCAACAGGAUAGUCGAUUUACACUUAAUAAGGAAUUUAGAAUUAAUACAUUCAAAAUCAAUAGGUGAAAACAGUUUAGACCCAUCACAUGCAUCACACACAUGAAUAUAAGAUACCCUAAUAUUAAUAUUAAUAAAGAUCGCCUUAAUAGGUGCAACCUUAACAAUUAGCUACUCCACCUCCUUAAUAGCCAGAAAUAAAUGAACUAUAUCAUGUGGAAAGAGAAAUGCAAGUGCUUUCAGUUGAGGAUGUCGAAGAGCCAUGGAAGAAGAAAUGUGUAGAAUUAGAAGUCAAGAUUUAUGACUUAUAAACAGAAUUGGCACGAUAUAAGAAUUAGGGUUAAGAAUUAAAGGUCACUUCUAAUGAAGAGUUUUAAGUUAGAGAAUUGGAAGCUAAAAUAAAGAUGAUGAAGGAUAUUGAAGAUGGAUUAAGAAAGGAAAUAUAAAAUUAAUAGAGUGAAAUCGAUUCAUGGAGAUAGAGAUAUUAAAAAUUGUAAUUAGAAUAUUAGUAAUUGUUGCAAGGAGGAGAUGAAGUAAGAUAAUUAAGAGAUGCAUUGGCAGAUAAAGAAAGACAAAUAUUGAAAUUAGAAGGAGCAUUGAAUCAACAAUUAAUGGAAAUGCAAAAUUAGAAUAGAGUCAUCUAAAAUAAAGAAUAAGAAAUUGGAUAAUAUAAAUAAAUGAUUCGCCAACUAGAAUCUGAAAUGAGUGAAUUCCAACAAACUAAUGAAAAAUUGAAAUACUAUUCAAAUGAAGCAAAUGUGUGGAAGGAAAAAUUCAUGAAAGCCAAUUAAGAUUAUCACACUGCUUAAGAAUAAUGUAUGAUGGCUUAAGCAGAAUUGGAUUCAUUGAAGAAACAAAAAACCAUAACCACAACAGAGAAAACAACUUCAAUCUAAUAAAAUAAUGUAAGAAGACAAUAAUAAUAUUGA